AUGGCCCCAACCGAAAAGAAAAGAACAACCAGAAAGAAGAAGGAUCCAGAUGCACCAAAGAGAUCCUUAUCUGCUUACAUGUUUUUCGCUAACGAAAACAGAGACAUUGUCAGAGCUGAAAACCCAGGUAUUUCAUUCGGACAAGUUGGUAAGUUAUUAGGUGAAAAAUGGAAGGCUUUAACUCCAGAAGACAAGACUCCAUAUGAAAAUAAGGCUGAUACCGAUAAGAAGAGAUAUGAGAAGGAAAAGGCUGAAUAUGCAAAGAAAAAUGCUGCUUAG